AUGGCAGCCAGCCGCGCCAUACGCCUCCGGCGCGCCGCUCCGUCUGUGCAAUCCACUUCGGCGGUUCUGGGACUGGCGGCGGCGCGCGCGCGCAAGUCGCCUGAGCGACUCGACUAUGAGGCUGCGCUUGAGGUCCAGUCCGCGGGGCAGCAGGAGCUGCAGGAGCGGCAGAUGCGGCGAGAGUCGAUGAUAGACAAGUCGACGCUGCCGAGCUUGUCCAAGUAUAUGCGACCGGGGGAGAAAGCUUCUGAGCCCCUACUGGCUGAGGACGCUCUCACCGCACGCCAACUACCAGAACAACCUGAUGCUGGCCCAUCCUCAGUUCGGAUGGCAGCGCGGACGGCUCCCAAGGCCACCAACAUUCCCCCGCUCCCACCUUCCUCCGCAACCCCUGCUAAGCCCAGUCGGAAGGGCAAGGAACGAGCCUUGCCUCCGCCACUUGAGGCAUACGAUGCAGCGCCGCCCCAAUCCCAACCCCAGACCAUUUCCAAGGAUAACCCCGCCGUAUCUGCACGCGCACUCGCCCGCGCGAUGGCCCGUGCCAACGCACGCCGAAAGCUCCCCUCACUCACCGACCGGCCGCCAGCGGCUGUGGCCUCACUCUCGAGUAAACCCGUCGGCGGUGCAGCUGGGCCACGGCGCAAUCCCGUCGGCGUCCAGCUCCUCUCGGAACACAUGCACAACCAGGUGUUCCCCGGCGCGCCACUGCCUACACCACCUGACGCCUUGCUGGAUAUUUCGAAAUGGCAUCUCGGGCAACACGGGUUGUCCGGCGACGGAGCGGCAGUACUGCCCGAAAUCUCGCUCGACCUUCCUCCGCUUGAAGGGCGAAAUGUGCGCGAUCACUUUCACGCGCUGGGUACGUAUGCUUCAGAACCAUACCUUUCUGCGGCGAAGGAGUUCGCCGCCGCCGAGCUGCCGCCCAUCCCACAACAUUGGGAGAUGAGCCGACCGGGAUGGACGCGGUACGGGCGCGACGGAAGUGUGACUCCCGUUGAGAACUUGGAUGGCGAGACGGUCGUCAGCUUCGACGUCGAGACGCUGUACAAGCUCUCCCCGUAUCCGGUUUUGGCGACUGCUGCGACUCCGAACGCGUGGUAUUCGUGGCUCUCGCCCAGCAUCUUCGACACCCCGCCUGAAGACGAGCCACCAAAACGCGAGCCGUGGGAUAAAAGCACGGUGGACUGCUACCCGCACACCCUGAUUCCGCUGUUCAAGAACAACGGGCCGGCUAUUGUGGUAAGCCAUAAUGUAGGAUACGACCGGGCACGAGUUGCGGAGGAGUACGCGCUCGAGCGCACACCGACGCGCUUCCUCGACACACUCUCUCUCCACGUCGCUACGCGUGGCAUCACGAGCGUCCAGCGCCCGGCGUGGAUGAAACAUCGCAAGACCAGGAUAGAGUAUGAGUCGAACACUGCCGAAUCUAUCGCCAUGCUCCGCGAGCACGCCGAGGACACGGGGGACAACUGGCUCAGCGAGAGCCUGCGCGAGUACAGCACCGAUGACGACACACCCGGCAGCAACUGGGAGGACACGACGAGUCUGAACUCCCUCGCCGAGGUUGCGGCGCUGCAUUGCGGUGUCAAGGUUGACAAGUCGACGCGUCAGCGAUUCGCCGACGAGACAGUACGCCACGCGUCCCAGCUCCGUCCCGAGCUCGAUAAACUGCUCGAUUACUGUGCUGAAGACGUCAAGGUCACGCAUGACGUUUACAAGGUCGUGCUUCCCCUGUUCCUGACCUCGUGUCCGCACCCUGCAACGUUCGCAGGCGUGCUCGCGAUGGGCAACUCGUUCCUUCCAGUCGACCGCAGCUGGGUUGAUUAUCUCCGCAAAGCCGAGGCGAUGUACCUUGAGUUGAGGGAGGAGGUGCGCCUCGCUCUCCGCUCUCUGGCGGACCGACUGCGCGAGGCGGGUCCUAUCGCCAACGACCCCUGGCAUUCGCAGCUCGACUGGUCACCAAAAUCUGCGCGAUGGGCUGACGGCGCGUCGCACAAGACUAAGGAGGCCGCACCUGAGGCAGAAGUCCCAGCAUGGUACGGUCCGGCUGCGGUCGACCGCACGGCCCUCCUCAACAACCAGUCGAAACGCAGCCUACUCCCGCUGCUCAUGCGAAUGCGGUACCGCGGGUACCCGGUGUUCUACCUCACCGAGCAUUUGUGGUGCUUCAAAGCGCCUAUCGAAGAUAUCCCUGAGCUGAUCCCACUGCAUGGUGCACCGGUCGAGUUGUCCCCCAAGGACGACCGGCUAGCCGACCACCUCGAGACGUCCGUGUUCUUCCGUGUCGUUGGGCCAGGUACCGCUCGUCGGUCUCAGCUGCUCAGCAAGGCCGGCGCCAAGGACGUCAGGAGCGGCCUGCUCACAACCGAGUAUCCCGACAUCCUAGCGGCAGCCGUGAAGGGCGAGCUCGAUGACAAGCUUGACGUGUUGGCCAAGUGUGCGCAGGACAUGCUGGCCUCUGGGGGCGAGAACGACUGGGGCUCGCAGCUCGACUGGGUGCCUACAGUCCCCGGCGCGGCGGAAAAGCGGAAGAAGGAGCAGGCCGAACGCGGUACCUGGCCCAAGUGGUACUGGGACCUGACGGUACCGGUGACGAACAAGAAGGUGCUGGCGGGCGAGCUCGACCUUACGAUGCGCAAGACGGUUGCACCGCUACUGCUUCGGAUGCAGUGGCAUGGUUAUCCCCUUGCAUACAGCAAGGAGCAUAAGUGGGUCUACCGCGUUCCGCUGGCCGACGUGAGCAACGAUCCCGAGUCUUCUCUAUACGCCGACAAGCGCGUUGUACUGAGCGAUGCGGGGGACAAACGCCUCGCCGACGACGCGUACGCGUACUUCCGCCUUCCGCACAAGGACGGCGAGGGGAACAGUGUAGGCAACCCGCUCUCCAAGGCGUUCUUGAGGGCACUCGAGAAGGGUGAGCUCUCGUCGGCGCUGGCUACGGACAGCGACAAACAACUCGCCGAAGCGGCCUCCAAGGCCGUCAACAUGAACACACUGUGCAGCUACUGGAUCUCGUCGAGGGAACGGAUCAUGAACCAGUUUGUCGUGUACAACGGCGAACGCGGCAUGAUCCUCCCCAAGGUGAUUACGAUGGGGACUGUGACGCGACGUGCUGUCGAAGCGACGUGGUUGACCGCCUCGAAUGCCAAGAAGAACCGCGUUGGCAGUGAGCUCAAGAGCAUGAUCCGGGCGCCGCCAGGGUACGCUAUCGUCGGUGCGGACGUCGACUCGGAGGAGCUGUGGAUCUCGAGUGUGAUGGGCGACUCGCAGUUUGGAGUGCACGGCGCAACGGCCAUCGGAUGGAUGACGCUCGAGGGCACAAAGUCGGCCGGCACAGAUCUCCAUUCGAAGACGGCGACGAUUCUCAAGAUUUCUCGCGACGCAGCCAAGGUGUUCAAUUACUCGCGUAUUUAUGGCGCCGGCAAGCCGCACGCGAUCCAGCUUCUUCUACAGGGCGACGGCAAGCUUACUCGCCAAGCGGCGGACCAGCUCGCCACCGAUCUCUACAAGCAGACCAAGGGGCGCAAGACGUUCGGGCCCCCAGACCGACACGGAACCCGCUACCUCUGGCACGGCGGGAGCGAGAGUUACCUCUUCAACACGCUCGAGAGCAUCGCGCUCAUGGACCGGCCCACCACCCCAGCCUUGGGGUGUGGUGUCACGCGCGCGCUGAGAAAGUCUUUCCUGGGACUAGGCAACAGCUACCUCCCCUCGCGGAUCAACUGGGUCGUCCAGUCCUCGGGCGUGGACUAUCUCCAUCUCCUCAUCACGGCCAUGGAAUACCUCAUCGCAAAGUAUGAUAUCAACGCGCGCUACCUCAUCUCGGUGCAUGACGAGGUACGAUACCUCGCAACGGAGGAGGACAAGUUACGUACGGCGCUCGCACUGCAGAUUGCCAACGUGUGGACGCGCGCCCUGUUCUGCUACAACUUGGGGUUUGACGACAUGCCGCAGGGUAUUGCCUUCUUCUCGGCAGUUGAUGUCGAUCACGUCCUCCGAAAAGAGACGGAUAUGUCUUGCGUGACCCCGAGUAAUCCGGACGCGAUAGCGCCAGGCGAGAGUCUGGACAUUGACGCACUUCUCAUCCGCUGUCCCAGUCUUGGCGAAUCGCGGCUCCCCCCUCUGCCGCGGGUAGAUGGCGGCGCGACGCCAGUGAAUAUCUUUGGCAAUAAGAUGUUGGCCUCACACCAGCGCUACGUCACAGCGCAGGCGGACACGCGUACGAGUCCAGCCAAGGCAUGGCUCGUGGAGCAGGCAAAUAGGACUUGGGCUGGCGAGAUCAGGGAGCAGAUCCCUCAGCACCGAGCUGUGUUGUAG